AUGGAUAACCCUCGACAUUAUAGACCAUCAAAACAAAAUUAUAGAGAUGAAAGAACUUAUAGAUAUGAAAGAACUUGUAGAAAUGAAAGAACUUAUAGAAAUGAGAGAAGUGAAGACCGUUCCCACGAAGAUAAAUAUUUGAGGAAUAGAGAUAGGGACGGUCAAAAUAGAAGACCUUACUAUGACUAUCGUGACCACCGUGACCACCGUAACCACCGUGACCGCAGUCACGAACGUAGUCAAAGGCAAGAUGACGGCCGUAAAAGAUUUUACAGAGAUGAAAUAUCACCUCGCGGUGGUUCAUCCUAUAGAAAUGAAAGUUCGCACCGUGAUAAAAGACAGUGCAGCCGUUCUCGUCACGAUGAUCAACAAAUUGAUCGACGACAAUGGUCUCGACCACCAUCUCGACAACCUCCACCUCAACAACCUCAAUAUCCACCUCGACAACCUCAACGAUAUCCACCGCAACAAUCUCAACGAUCACAUCCACCUCGACAACCUCAACGAUCACAUCUACCUCAACAAUCUCAACAACCUACACAACCAUUACUACAAUCACUAAAAUCACCUAAAGCAGUGGAUGCCAAGCUACCUCCAACUAGUUUGCCCACAAAUCCAACAACCGUGCCACGAGCUUCACGUCUUACCGUAAAGCCAACAGAAUUGUAUGAAAAAUUAGAACAAAUUGGCGAAGGCGCAUAUGGCACGGUUUUCAAAGCAAAAAGCCGCGAAAACGGAGAGAUUGUUGCACUCAAGCACAUUCGAAUGGAAAUGGAACAAGGAUUUCCGAUUACUGCUAUAAGAGAAAUUAAGAUUUUGCAGAAACUUAAUCAUGAACACAUAGUUCGUUUAAAGGAAAUGAUGACUUACAAAGGGGAUGUCUUUAUGAUAUUCGAGUACAUGCGCUGCGACCUUACUCGAAUUAUUCCAAACCCUCAAAUAACAUACGGUCCGCAACACGUCAAAUUUUUAAUGAAAAAUUUGUUAGAAGGUUUGGCUCAUAUUCAUGAGCAUAAUAUUUUGCACCGGGACAUUAAACCGGCGAAUCUCUUGGUAAGCAACGAUGGAGAACUCAAAUUAUGCGAUUUUGGGCUCUCCCGACAAUUUGCACCAAAGAGAUUAAACGAAUAUUCGAAUAGGGUGGUCACGUUGUGUUAUAGAUCUCCGGAAUUGUGUUGGGGUGCGACAAAUUACGGCCCAGAAAUAGAUCUUUGGAGUGUCGGCUGUAUGAUGAUGGAAUUGACCACCAGAAAGUUACUAUUUCCAGGCUGGGAUGAGAUAAGCCAAUUGGAAAUGAUAUUUAAACUUAUGGGGGCUCCUUCCACAAGUGAAUGGCCAGAAAUGGUGGACCUUCCCUUAUACGCAACAAUAAAUUUCCCUGAAUCCAAGUCCUGCUUUAGGGAAAAAUAUUCAAAUGACCUCUCCCCGGGUGCCCUUGAACUCGUGGAAGCUCUCUUGUCGAUAAACCCAGCCCAUAGACCAACGGCAAGAGAAGCCUUGAAUUUUGCCUACUUUGCCUCCGAAGAACCUGAAGCUUGUUUACCUUCGGAUAUUCCCAAAAUUAUCAAUAUUAUUACUACUUCUGUAAAAAAUAAAAUUAAUACCAAAAUAACAAAAAUAACUAAAAUAACUUUUCAAGAUGAUGAAGAAAUCAGAACUAAAUAUAAAAAAUAUAAAAUUUUUAAACGACCGAUUAAUUCUGAACCAGAAUACAAUUCACUCGACAAAAAAAGAUCGCAUAAAGUUAUCAAUUCAGAUGGUGUCAAUCCUAAAGCUGUGAAUAAUGUCAUCAAUAGCAAUAGCAGAGACCUGCAAAUAAAAUUAUUUAAAACACCGAGAUGCAAAAAAAUUUGUGAAAAGCAAUGCCGAGAUAAAAGAGGAAGAGAAUAUGAUCUUUGUUAUAAUAAUUCAAUAGGACGUGCUCAUAAAAUUCCUCAUAUUUCUGGAUUAAAAUUGAAACAAAAGAAUUAA